GAAGCUGCGGGGCUGGGGGUGGCGGUUUCCUUGGAAGCACAACAAUAGUUCCAAGUUACAGGAAAAGGAACAUCUGGCCCUGGAAGGUGGGGGUUGGGGGAAGAAGCCAGGCGAGGGGCAUGAGGGGCUGCUCUGCGCAGACCCAGCUCCUUACUGCUGGUGCCUUUCCAGGCUCAACUGGACAGUUGCAUUAUUUUUAAAUCCCACUCUCCUUCUGCCUCCCCCAGCUCUCCCCAGUUCCAACCCUGACCCAGAAAGCGGAGUCUGAUUUGGAGCCUGGAAGACAAAGCCAUGUAAGGUCUGUGGAAAUCACUCCCGCCCUGCUUCGGGCCCGCCCCCGCAAGCCCUGCCUGCCCCGCCCCCUCCCCAGCCUUCCUGUGUCCUUCCCACCCUCCCCACCCUCAGUAUCCUGAGCGACUGAACAGUGGGAACCUCAGCCAGAGCCCAGGAUCCCCCCCACCCCCCGUAUAGGAGCUAAGAGAGACCUAACUCUGCUGACCUGAGAACACACAUCUCCACUCUGGUUCAGUCCUCUGUCCUGCUGUUCACGGACAAUGAACCAGAAGACCACUCUGGUGCUCCUUGCUCUAGCUGUCAUCACCAUUUUUGCCUUGGUGUGUGUCCUACUAGCUGGCAGGGGAGGAGAUGGGGGUGAACCCGGCCAGCCUCCCCGCUGCCCCUCCGUGUCCCCCAGUGCCCAGCCCGGGACACACCCCGGCCAGAGCCAGCCGUUUGCAGACCUGAGCCGAGAGGAGCUGACGGCCGUGAUGAGCUUCCUGACCCGGCAGCUAGGGCCAGGCCUGGUGGAUGCAGCCCAGGCCCGCCCCUCGGACAACUGCGUCUUCUCGGUGGAGCUGCACCUGCCCCCCAAGGCCGCAGCCCUGGCCCACCUGGACAGGGGGAGCCCCCCACCUGCCCGGGAGGCACUGGCCAUCGUCUUCUUUGGCGGACAACCCCAGCCCAACGUGAGUGAGCUGGUGGUGGGGCCACUGCCCCGGCCCUCCUACCUGCGGGAUGUGACGGUGGAGCGUCACGGGGGCCCCCUGCCCUACCACCGCCGCCCCGUGCUGAUGCGAGAGUACCUGGACAUAAACCAGCUGAUCUUCGACAGAGAGCUGCCCCAGGCUGCUGGGCUCCUGCACCACUGCUGCUUCUAUAAGCGCCAAGGACAGAACCUGGUGACGAUGCCCACGGCCCCCCGAGGCUUGCAGUCAGGGGACCGGGCCGCCUGGUUUGGCCUCUACUACAACGUCUCAGGGGCUGGGUUCUUCCUGCACCCCGUGGGGUUGGAGUUGCUGGUAGACCACAAGGCUCUGGACCCUGCCCGCUGGGCCAUCCAGAAGGUGUUCUUUCAAGGCCGCUACUACGAGAGUUUGGCCCAGCUGGAGGACCAGUUUGAGGCUGGCCUGGUGAACGUGGUGCUGAUCCCAGACAAUGGCACAGGUGGGUCCUGGUCCCUCAAGUCCAAGGGGCCUCCCGGUCCGGCUCCUCCUCUGCAGGUCCAUCCCCAGGGCCCCCGCUUCAGUGUCCAGGGGAGUCGAGUGACCUCCUCGUGGUGGACUUUCUCCUUUGGCCUUGGAGCUUUCAGUGGCCCCAGGAUCUUUGACAUCCGCUUCCGGGGAGAACGACUAGCUUAUGAGAUCAGCUUCCAGGAGGCCUUGGUCGUCUAUGGUGGAAAUUCCCCUGCAGCAAUGCUGACCCGCUAUAUGGAUGGCAGCUUUGGCAUGGGCAAGUACUCCACUCCCCUGACCCGGGGGGUGGACUGCCCCUACCUGGCCACCUACGUGGACUGGCACUUCCUUCUGGAAUCCCACACCCCCAAGACAAUACGUGAUGCCAUUUGUGUGUUUGAACAGAACCAGGGCCUCCCCCUGAGGCGACACCACUCAAAUUUCUACUCCCAUUAUUUUGGGGGCCUUGUAGAGACAGUGCUGGUGGUCAGAUCUGUGUCGACCUUGCUCAAUUAUGACUACCUGUGGGAUAUGGUCUUCCAUUCCAGUGGGGCCAUAGAAGUCCGAUUCCACGCCACCGGCUACAUCAGCUCAGCAUUCCUCUUUGGCGCCGCCCGAAGGUACGGGAACCAGGUUGGGGAGCACACACUGGGCACCGUGCACACCCACAGCGCCCACUUCAAGGUGGAUCUGGAUGUAGGAGGACUGGAGAACUGGGUCUGGGCUGAGGACAUGACCUAUGUCCCCACGGCGGUACCCUGGAGCCCCGAGCACCAGAUGCAGAGGCUGCAGGUGACCCGGAAGCUGCUGGAGACCGAGGAGCAGGCCACCUUCCCCCUGGGAGGCGCCCUCCCCCACUACGUGUACCUGGCCAGCAACCACAGCAACAAGUGGGGUCACCCGCGGGGCUACCGCAUCCAGCUGCUCAGCUUUGCUGGGGAGCCGCUGCCGCAGAACAGCUCCUUGGAGAGAGCCUUCAGCUGGGGGAGGUACCAUCUGGCGGUGACCCAGCGGAAGGAGGCAGAGCAAAGCAGCACCAGCAUCUACAAUCAGAACGACCCUUGGGCCCCCACCGUGGACUUCGCUGACUUCAUUAACAACGAGACCAUCGCUGGAGAGGACUUGGUGGCCUGGGUGACGGCUGGUUUCCUGCACAUCCCACACGCAGAAGACGUUCCCAACACGGUGACGGUGGGGAAUGGUGUGGGCUUCUUCCUCCGACCCUACAACUUCUUUGACCAGGACCCCUCCUUCGAGUCUGCGGACUCGGUCUAUUUCCGGGAGGACCAGGAUGCCGGGGCCUGCGAGGUCAACCCCCUGGCUUGCCUUCCCCAGGCUGCUGCCUGUGCCCCAGACCUCCCUGCCUUCUCCCAUGGGGGCUUCUCUCACAACUAGGGGGUCCCCGGGACAGGAAAUAUGGUCAGGGGCCCCAGGGCCAGGGUGCGUGGGGAGGGGAGUGGUAGGUGCUGGGCCAGGCGGCCUGGCGCCCUCUUCUCUUCCUUCCUUCCACCCCAAGGCUCCCUGCCUCCCCUUCUCCCCAGGCCCCCUCUCUGUCGCCCUCCCUGACACCCCCUCCCUGCUGGGAGCGUCCUGAGCCUGUGAUGCCUGGCACUGGGGGAGGGGCAGAGACAUGACUCAGCUUUGUUGACCCCAGACCUGCUGGGUUCCCGUCCCACAGAGAAGAAUGGCCAGCUGAAGCCCGGACUGAUGGCCAAGCUUUUCCCAGAAGACUCCUGUUUUUUUGUGGUUUUGUUUCUGGUUUUGUUUUUUUUUUUUUUUUUUUUUGCUUUCCGGCUUUCCCCUGUUGUUUUUUAACCCAUCUCCUGAGCCUCCUCAGUUCCUUCCUCGGAAGGUGAGGAUGGUGUUGCGGCACUGGGGCUAGUCCCCUAGACGCUCCAGGGCAGGGCUCCUGCCAGGCCUACGCCUCCACGGAGGAGCUAGAAGGGGGUCCUUAGCCCACAUUCCUCUUACCCAACUUCUCCUCUCCCUCUUCCUUCCCUUGCCUACUUCCGCCUCCUCCUGUCGCCACCUGCUCUUACAGCCUCGGAUUUCCCUCCCAGGCCUGAGAGGAUAUGCCUCUGUCCCGAUGCUCCCCUCGUCUUCAUUUCUAAUUUAGGUCUCCUCUCCCGGCUCUCUGCCCAUGGAAGUCUCAAAAUGCAAGGGACCUCUGGUUUGAGAGGACAAUCCCUGUCUGUCCCCCUGUGUCUGUCACAGACUGGAGUAGGAGUUGUCCCCACCCCUGUCCUGGGGCAGGCUGUAAUUCCUGCAAGUCCCCUCGGCCGCUUUGUAUUCGCCUGCUUUGCACUUUCUGGCAAAGGACGGUCUCACGGCAGCCUCUCAAGUUAGCAUCUGAGGCGGACCUGUGGGUACCGGGGUGAUGAGGGGCGGUCAUCUGGGCCAGGCGUGUGUGUGACCAGUGAGCGCACAGACUCCGCAGCAGCGGACACGGACGGCAGGGGGGCGCCAACGGUGGGAAGCUCUGAGACCUUGGAACUCCAGUGGCCACCACUUGUGGCCACGCAAAUGAGCUGGGGGCUGGCUCCCACCAUGCUGUCUCUCAGGGGCUCUGGGUGAGGGGCGGGUGCGCCCAUGGUGAGAGAUUGGAACUACAGAAACAUCCUUUCCUCGAGGAUUGGUUAACUGAACUCCUACGCAGCCUUAUAAUGCAGGGCUGUGCAGCUCCAGCUAGUACUGGAGUCCUAGAGUACUCGAGUACUAGUACUCGAGUACUCUGUGUGUACUAAUCGGGAAAGAUCUUUGAGUGAAAACGGCAAGGCACGGAAGUGUGUGUGGUGCACUUUGCCUUUGUGUGGUAGAAAGGAGGAAACUAUACAUAUUUACUAUAUAUGCAUAUCCAGAAGAAACCAGUGAUACUGGUUGCUUUUGGGGAGGGGUGGGGAAAGAGGAAGGAGGAGACUUAGCACUCCAUACCCUUUUGUGUGUUUUGAAAUUUGAGCCAUGUGACUGUAUUACCUAUUCAAAAUAAAUAAAAAAUGGGCCCAAACAGGACCUGACUUGUUGGUUGGUUGGU